AUUAGUAGUCAGAGCCAAAACUCAAAAUUACCACCCUUUCUCCUACUGAAAUUUCUUAUCAAAUUGGACUUUGCAAAGUAGUACUAGUAGGAUAAUUGGGUCCCAAAAUCUAAUCACCACCCCUAUAGCUACAUAUAUCCGCAACCCCUCUUCCCUUGGCAGCAUAUAACAAAAGUUUAAAAAAAUGGAGAAGCAAAGCAACAAAGCAAACAUGGUGGCAUCACUUAUGUCAGUGAAACAAAAAUCUGGCAAAACAUUUAGUCAAAUAGCAGAAGAAACUGGUCUCACAAAUGUGUAUGUUGCUCAGCUUUUGAGACGUCAAGCUCAGCUCAAACCUGAAACUGCUCCAAAGCUUAAGGCUGCACUUCCCUCGUUAUCUGAUGAACAACUUCAUGAUAUGAUGGAGGCACCCUUAAGGUCUUAUGACCCUAAUUUAAUUCAAGACCCCACUGUUUACAGAUUGAAUGAAGCCGUCAUGCAUUUUGGUGAGAGUAUCAAGGAAAUUAUUAACGAAGAAUUUGGCGAUGGCAUCAUGUCAGCUAUAGACUUUUUCUGCUCAGUUGAUAAAGUCAAAGGUGUGGAUGGGAAGGAUCGUGUUGUUGUGACUUUUGAUGGAAAGUAUCUGCCACACACUGAGCAGGUUAGUUUCCUUUUACAUGUCAUAAUUGUAAAGUUUGUUUCUUCAAAUUAUUGUCUACAGAAACGACCAAUCAUUAGGCCCUUCUCGUUCCUGCCCCACUCACUUCCCACCUACAAAGUGCGACAGAAUAGAAGAUUCAUCUUAUGUAGAGAUCUUGAUCUUUUGUUUGUUUGAUCUGAUUAUAAAGGCUUCUGCAACUGCAUAUUCCGUAUGAGCCAGCACUACAAAGUGGUGCAUAAUUUCAGCGCCGAGUGUCUGAUCUCAAUUGUGCUUUAGUUAACUAAUCAGAGAGCUCGUCGCUGCAGCAAUCAAUAGAAUAACAUGCUUUCGUCACAUCCUUUUCAAAAAGUUUUAGCAUUUCUUCUUCUAUCUGAGCUUUUCUACAGUUUUGAAGAACCUGUCCGUAUUGUAAACUUCAAGAAGUUACAUACUUGAUAUCAAAUGGAUAUUCAAGUUCAAAUGUGGUGUAAUACGUUCACAUAAAUCAGAUAACAUCAGUGAUUUGCAACUGCCAAAACAA